UGGGGGAGCCAAUGAACGCCGAGAGAGGGCGGAACGUGCAUGCGACGCCGGUUGCUGCCGGGGAAACGGAGUACUGACGGUGUACGGAAUUGUGCCGGUGGACUAGAAACUCCCGCCAUUUCGAAAAGGAAUUAACCUCUUGAUUGAUCCUGGUUACUUUUUCGUAACACUUGCUAACACUGUUAUCUGAUUACAAGAAGCUCCGACAGGACGAAUAUGCAGCGAAUACAAUUGAUUAAACGAGAACAGGCCUAGUUUGCAAAGACUUGGGAUUGUUACAGCGCGCCAGACCUCCCGCUGAACUGAGCUUUCGCUAUUGCCGCGAGUUUGAUUUCGGUGUGGUUUGCAUCCUUGCAUGUUCAUCCGGAGGAGCUAAAAGUUUACUAACUAUACAGAGAAACAAGUCUGGCAACCUGUUUUACAUCUAAGACACUGCGUAAAACCAGCAUGGCACCGCUGCGAGAGGAGAGAAGAAGGAUGCGAUGAGACGGCUGACAAGAAGCGCACUGUUAUUGUUUUGCAACGAGAUAGCAAUCCAGCCUACUAGCUAGUCAGCUAGCUGCUACACGUUGAGUGCCGGGCCUGCCGGCGGUAACGUGAGACGUGCUAAGAUAUUUCGGGACACUUGGAUACAUGCUAAGGACAUAUUAUUGUAUAUUAUUGCGCUAGUUUGUUGCUAGAACAUUUAAUUCUCCCUUUGGGACCCGUGCCAUCUGUGGAUUUGAAAUGGCACCGCUUUUAGGCCGGAAACCUUACCCACUGGCUAAGCCGCUAGCCGAGCCACCAGGCCCGGGAGAGGAGGUCUACAUCAUCGAGCACACCAAGGAGGCCUUCAGGAACAAAGAAGAGUAUGAGGCACGCUUGCAGAGGUAUGACGAGCGCAUCUGGACAUGCAAGAGCACUGGAAGCAGCCAGCUCACACACAAAGAAGCAUGGGAGGAGGAACAAGAAGUCACAGAAUUGCUUCAGGAGGAGUAUCCCCAGUGGUUUGAGAAGCCGGUCCUGGAGAUGGUCCACCACAACACAGUGUCUUUAGACAAGCUGGUUGAAAUGGCCUGGGUGGAAAUCCUCACCAAGUAUGCUGUGGAUGAAGAGUGUGACUUCCUGGUGGGGAAGGAAAAAAGUUUGCGAGCAAAGGUGGUGAAGAUCCACCCCCUAGAAAACCCAGAGGGCGAGACAGGGGAGAAGAAGCUUGAAGGUGCCUGUGACUCUCCAUCCAGCGACAAGGAGAAUGCAAGUCAGGAGAACCAGAGGAAGGAACCUCUUCCCAGAGAGGAGGAGAACAGGAGGGAGAGUCUUAGUGACAGAGCACGACGUUCACCAAGGAAACUUCCCACUGCCAUGAAGGAAGAGAAGAAGAAAUGGGUGAUGCCCAAAUUCCUUCCUCAUAAGUACGACGUGAAGCUCAUUAAUGAGGAUAAGGUGAUCAGUGAUGUCCCAGUAGACAGUCUUUACAGAACGGAGCGCCCUCCGACCAAGGAGAUCAUGCGCUACUUCAUCAGGCACUAUGCUCUGAGGCUGGGCAUGGGAGAGAGUGCUCCCUGGGUGGUUGAAGAUGAACUGGUGAAAAAAUUUAACCUGCCAAGCAAAUUCAGUGACUUUCUUCUUGAUCCUCACAAGUUUUUAGCAGAGAAUCCAUCCGCAAAGCGUAAGAGCUUGACAUCUCCAGAGGGUAAACCUAGCAAGAAGCUCAAGACCUCUGACACACCAGGAGAGGAUUCAGGAAAUGAGAAGGGAGAGAAGAAAAGGAAAAAGAAGAAAGACUCUUUAGGCAUGCCCCUUAGUCCGACCAUUUGGGGCCACAUGCAGAAAAUAAAAAUGAAUGGCUCCCCACUCAAGGUAAAGAACUCAGGAACUCCAAAGAAAGGAGAAGGCAAAGGCUCGGCUCCCUCCACUCCAAAAUCAAGCAGAAAGUCGGGGGACAAGAAAGAAGGAAAGAAAACUGGAAAGAGCGGCGAUAAGAAGCUCAACGUCCUCAAAGCUUCUAAAAAGGAAGGCAAAGCAGGUGCUAAGACACCGAAGAUGAAGCAGAUGACUCUGCUGCAUCUAGCUAAGAGCACCCCUGCUGGGAGCCCUAAGAAGAGAGCCCGUAGUACUGGCAUGGGUACGCCUAAACUGGGGAAGCCACUGCACCCUAUGGCUCUCCAUCUCCUUCGUUACUAUAAGGAGAACAAGGGCAAAGAAGAUAAAAAAAACUCCCUUUCCUCUCUCAUCUCCAAGGCUGCGAAGACCUUGUCCCCAGAUGAUCGGGGCCGACUGCCAGAGGAGCUCAAGGAGCUGGUGCAGAAACGAUGGGAGCUACUGGAGCAAAAGAAGCGGUGGGCGGCCAUGAGCGAAGAGGAAAAGCAGGAAGAGAUGAAGAAAAGGCGCGAGGAACUCAAAGAGAAACUGCGAGAAAAGGCCAAGGAGAGACGUGAGAAGGAGAUGCUGGUCCGCCGCGAACAAUCGCGCAGAUACGAGGACCAGGAGAUCGAAGGUGGCAAGACCCUGCCGACGUUCAAGCUUGUAGACAUGCCCGAGGGGUUGCCCAACACCCUGUUUGGUGAUGUGGCUAUGGUCGUGGAAUUCCUUCACUGCUAUGCAGGGCUGCUGAUGCCGGAUGACCAGUAUCCCAUCACAGCAGUGGCUCUGAUGGAAGCACUGGCUGGGGAGCGGUCCGGCUUCCUCUACCUGAACCGUGUGCUGGUGGUGCUGCUUCAGACGCUGCUGCAGGAUGAGCUGGCAGAAGGCUACAGUGAGCUCGAUAUGCCCUUAUCUGAGAUCCCUCUUACCAUGCACUCGGUGUCAGAGCUGGCUCGGUUGUGCCUGCGACCAUGUGACGCUCACGGUGAGGAGAGCGGCCAGGGCUCGGAGGACUCAGGGGGGCUGGGGGGCUUUGAUGAUGUGGUGACCAGUGAGUUCUUGGACAAGCUUGAGACAAUCGAGGUGUUUGAGCUGAGCCCCGAGGAGAAGGUCAGCCUGCUGGUGGCACUGUGCCACCGCAUACUCAUGACGUACUCGGUCGAAGACCACGUUGAUGCAAAGCAGCAACGGUCAGCUGAGCUGUGGAAGGAGCGUCUGGCAAUGCUGAAAGAGGUCAAUGACCGCAAGAAGGAAGAGAAGAAGAAGCGAAAGGAGAUGGAGGGCAAAGGUGAGAAAAAGAAAGAGGCAGGUGCUAAGAAAGAGAUCAAAAAAGAAGUAAAGGUGGAGCCAGAGCCGGAGCCAGAUGACAUGAUCAGCUCAGUGAAGAGCCGGCGGCUGAUGGCCAUGCAGGCCAAGAAGGAGAAGGAGGAGAUGGACAGACAGAACAAAGAGCGAAUGGAGAAGGAGGCUGAAGAGGAGCGGAUGCGUAAACAAAGGGCUGCUACAGAAAAGGCCUUUCAGGAUGGUAUAACCAAGGCCAGACUCGUCAUGCGCAGGACCCCACUGGGUACCGACAGAAAUCAUAACAGAUACUGGCUUUUCUCUGACGUGGUUCCUGGUCUGUACAUUGAGAAAGGUUGGGUGCAUGAAAGCAUAGACUACAGCUUCACCCCUCCACCUGAGGACAAACCAGCUGAGCCUGAGGUGGAAGAGGAAGAGGAUGGUGGGUCAGCCGCUACUCAUGAUUCACAAGGAGCUGAAAAGGAUGAUGGCAGCAUAGAUGGUGCUAUUAGUGAGGGAGCCCAGCAGGUAGCAGCAGCAGACAUCUGUAUAGAAACUACUGUUCCCAAGCAGGGACAGAACCUCUGGUUCAUAUGUGACAACCCAGCUGAGCUGGAGGAACUAGUGGAAAGUCUUCAUCCUCAGGGGGUUCGAGAGAGUGAACUGAAGGCGAAGAUACAAAGCAGAUACCAGGACAUCCUCCACUCCAUCCAUUUGACCCGUAAGGGCAAAAUGGGCCUCAGGACCUGUGAUGGCUAUGCAGAGCUGCUCAAAUACAUGCGCAGUGACAUACAGGAAGUAUCCUCACGACUCCAGAAGGGGGGCCUGGGGUACCUGGAUGACAACAUAGACAUCGAAGAUCAGUUGAAAGACAUGGAGAGCUUGAAAGAGUUUGGCGAGUGCAUCAUCACCAUUCAGGCCUGCGUAAUCAAAAAGUUUCUGCAGGGAUUCAUGGCCCCCAAGCAGAAAAAGAAGAAAAAGCACGGAGGGGAAGAAAGCAGCAAGGCCGAAGAGGUGGACGAGGAGAAGAGACUGGCAGAAGAAGCCAGGGUAGCGACAGCAGUAGAGAAGUGGAAGACUGCUAUCCGAGAGGCCCAGUCUUUUUCCCGCAUGCACGUCCUGCUGGGAAUGUUGGACGCUUGCAUAAAGUGGGACAUGUCUGCCGAGAACGCUCGCUGCAAAGUCUGUCGCAGGAAAGGUGACGAUGAGAAACUCAUCCUCUGUGAUGAGUGCAACAAGGCCUUCCACUUGUUCUGUCUGCGACCGGCCCUGUACCGCAUUCCUGAAGGAGAGUGGCUGUGCCCGGCCUGCCAGCCCACUGUGGCCAGACGUGGCUCCCGCUCAAGGAACUAUAACCAAGACACAGAUGAAGAAGAGGAUGAGGAAGAGUCUGAAGAGGAAGACUCUGAGGAAGAUGAAGAGGAUGAAGAAGAGAAUGACUACAAAGCCAUGGGGCACAGCUUGAGACCAAGGAAGAAAAAUAAGCAGCGACAGAAAAGUUCAAAAAGUAAAUCCAAGAAGCAGUCGUCUUCAAGUAGCCAGAGCAGCAAACAGAGGACUGGCCCCAACAGUCCUGCAGACAUUGACGAACUGGUGAGACAGAGUUCCCAAUCAGGAGUGCGCAGGCAGGUGCUGGAGCUGGAGAGAUGUGAAGAAAUCCUCAAGAAGCUGACAAAAUUCCGCUACAGCUGGCCUUUCAGGGAGCCUGUGUCCACGGAGGAGGCUGAAGAUUACCUGGACAUCAUCUCCCAGCCCAUGGAUUUCCAGACAAUGCUGGGAAAGUUCAGCCAGGGCUCGUAUCGUCACGCCCAGGACUUCCUAGAAGACAUGAAACUAGUCUUCUCCAACGCAGAGGAGUACAACCAGCAGGGCAGCACCGUGCUCUCCUGCAUGGUCAAGACGGAGCAGACGUUCACCGAGCUGCUCCAAAAGUUGCUGCCUGGCCUCAGCUACCUCCGCCGGCGCUCACGCAAACGCGUCAGCCAAGCCCCUGCAACAUCCGAGGAAGAAGAUGAAGAAGAUGAGGAGGAGGAGGAUGAAGAGGAAGAAGAACCGAAGAAGAAGAUGCAGAAUGGCAAAUCAAACAGGAAGAAAGCCAGAAAUGGUCGGGGACGGAGGGAUGGGGAGAGUGAGAGUGAGGAGGAGGAUGACGACGAGGAGGAGGAGGAGGAUGAUGAUGAUGAUGAUGAUGAUGGCAGGAGGAGAAGUAAGCGGACCUCUGCCACCUCAGGCAAGAAGGAUUACAGGGAGCAAGAUAGUGAUGGCGAGCGGGACACACGUAGAACUCGUCAGCGGGGGGGCCGGGGCGACGCCGGGGGGGCGAGCAGUGACGAGGACCGGUCCAGCCAGCAGCGACAUUCCAAGAGACAGAAACGCUCAUGAAGUCCAGGGUGCUUUUUUGUUUUGUUUUGUCGUCUCUCUUUGCUUUAAAAUUUCUGUCCCGCUCUUCUAAAAAUGAUAAGAGCCCCUCCAUCUCGUCCUCCUCCUACAGCCAGCGGGACUUAAUCCUCAGAAGGACUUUUUUUGUUUGUUAUUGAAUCUGUUCAUAUUUUGAAAAACGACGAAAGAAAAGUGAUUUAUAUUUGUAACAAGUUUAAUAUUGGUGAUGUGUUUUUUUUUUUGUUUAUUUGUUUUUCAACCAAGAAAAGAAAAAUUGGCGAUAAUGGAGAGGUCCUCAUAGCUCUUAACUCUUUUGAUUUGAAUUUUAGUUCCAAGUUGACAACCUCACUCAGUUAAGUGUUCACUUAUAAUGUUGUCCUGUGAACUGCUUUGUUUUUACAUUUGCGCUCCCUAAACACCAGUACAGUGUCAUCAGAGGUCUGUCUUCACUCCUGACACACGUAGUCCAGCCAUCACUUUACUGGGGUGUUUCAGGAUAAGUAAAUCUAGCUGUGAAAUGUUUGUCCCACCCACCCUAUGACAAGUCAUGGUGUUUUCACUGACAAAAAGUACCUCCUUGUUAAAGAGAUAGUCUGUGUAGCCGAAACCCUCUGGGAAGUCUGAUUUGUUCCUGUCACCUGUAAAUCGCUCUUACCACUAAGCAUAUUGACACCAAGUUUGUCUUUGGUCAAAUGCAAGUCUAUAGAUAAACACGAUAGGAUACUUGUAUUUCUUUCCAGCCCAGAUUUAUUGUCAAAAGCUGGGUCGAGGCUGCAGAUCACACAUGUAGUCACGUCAUUUUAGUGCUAAAACACAACUUUCAUCUCAGCUCUUGGUGCCACGAUGUUUUCCAAAAAAAGGACCCGACUUGAAGUCUCGUUCUUUGCGUGUAGAGCUGACCAGCCUUUCCUCCUCUGUAGUGCCCUGCCACUUUAAAAGAACCGGUACCUCAAUGCUCCGUCAGUUUGCACUCCUCCUGUGUAAAGUGCACCUAUUAUGCCAGCAGCUGCAGGACCAUACUUUAUUGAAAUUAUGUGCAUAAACAUUUGUAAACAGUGUUUAAAACAACAAAUGUGACGUUUGUUAAGAAAAUGGCCAUUUUUGAAUAUUUGAUAUUUUUUGCACAUUUUAUUUGGUAUUGUAAAUGAUAACUUUGUUUGUAGAUCUUAAUCACAUCCAAUAAAUUGCAAGGUUUAACCAGGGUUCUCCUAGUCAAUGCAGAGAACAUGUCAGAGUUUUAUUUUUGUCACAGCAGAAAUAGUCGAAUUAGUCACUUGUACAUUUUAUAAUAAACACCUAAAGCCCCUGUCGCUCAUUUAAAUAGUUAGUGACACAGCUUCUUCCCUGCAUGUCUUUGCUCAGCCACCAGGUGGUGCUCUACUCCUGCACUUUGAAUACUUUUGUCCUAGCAAUUUCCAAGUACUUGGUGGCAGCGCUUUUAGCUGGACUGGUGUAACACCUGACUCCCACUGCUGUGUGCGCUCACUGAUCAUCAAAGGACAGGGGGAGCUUCAUAGUGCUGGUGUGUUUUGUAAUACACACCGGGCAGGAAAACUGCUGCAGCAAUUUAAUGAAAUUUUUGAAUCAGACACAACACCCACUAAAUGAAAACCUUUUGAAUGUGCUGAAGUUCCUGUAGUUUGUGGCGAUAUGGCAGUGGUUGGUUUGCCCUCUUUUGUCUGUAUUGUGCUGUGCUGUUCUCCUGUGUUUCUCUAGUGCUGUUAUCAUCAAGACUUUACCGAUUUCAUUUGCCUCCCCAUUAUUAUUUGUGUUUUAAUUCGGCUUUGUUUCUGACAUGAUUAACAAUUGUUAAAAUCACUGUUAGAAUUGUUUGACAUUUCAACGAACAAACAAAGGUGACUGCCCCUCUCAAGUUGAGACCUGACUGUAAAUGCUUUCUUUGUUCUUGGAUGAACUGCAAAAGUCUUUUACACUUAAUUUUUUUUAUAUAUAUAUUUAUAGUCUCUAAAGCUGGGUUUGGGCCGGUUCGGAGGAUUCACAUGUAAAGAAUUUCCAAUAAAGGCUAUGGACAAAGACUGUAGUUCUCCCUGUUUGAUUUGUGUUGAGCUGAUGAGCAUCCCCAGGUCAGACAGACAGACAUCACUGCCAUCUGUAAACCUUGUGAUAAGACAAUGAAUGGGGAGGAAAGCUUGACCACCGACUGAUGUCUAAUUUUACUUUUUAAUAAAAUCAGUUUUCUUAC